UUCGCAGCACCUCGGAGCGCGCUACGGUGCGCAGGCGCUCGAUUCUCAGAUCUCGCAGUGGUUCGCAGUCGCCCCGUCGCGCUUUGUUUAUGGCGACGGAGAUGGAGACGCCGAAGCGCCGCGGAUUUUGACAGGCUGGUCGAGUCCGGUCGCGGCGCCCGUCGUGAGUGCAGCGUCUUGAGAGGUUAGGUCGCGCUUCGCCGCGGACAAUGGCUCUCCGAGGACGCGGAGCGUCCACGCGAUAUCUUCCUCACCCUGCUUGAGGAACCCCUGGUGCGAUGUCCUGGAACGCAAGUAGAAACCCACGCUGAGAAAACCAGGUUUAAGGCGCGGGAAGAUCCAAGAAAAAGUCUCGAAAAGUCGACAUUCGCCGGAAUAUUGCGUAGCGUCUUCCAAGAACUCGCAACGCGUGUUCGAACUUCGAGGAAGGAUUUUCUGAGGAGCUGGAGAUUGGAAGAUAGAGUUUGCAAUGUCUUAUACAAAUUUCGGAGACGCAUAGAAUAUUUAUGAAAAAUAUUCUGAAUUGGAGGAUGCUUCUUUGUUUCGGAGCAACCAAUGAGCUUGAGGAAUAUGGAAUAGUGCAACGAUCGAUGAAAGAUUGGAUGUAAUUUACAUAUCUGCUGGAGUAGCGUCGGCUGAUGGUGGAAAUAAAAGAAUUCGUUGUAAGGCAGUGGGAAAUAAUUAUUUCUUGACAACUCGAGGGAACGCAUUACUCGUCGCUACAUGUGCCUUGAAUUUUCUGAAGCGUCGACAGGUCUUAGUUCAAUAUGGAAGCGCUGCGUUUAGCCAUUCAGACCCGUCUCGGGGAGAGGAUGGUCAGCAUGAGCUCCAUGCUCGUGGAAACAGUCAGCAUAAAUUAUGAAGAUUUCAAUGAGAGUUUCCUAACGUGUGGCACUUGCCUCUGUGUUUACGACGGUAGCGAACAUACUCCAAAGUUACUGCCAUGCUCCCAUACGGUAUGUUUGCACUGCCUAACCAGGAUCGCCGCCUCACAGACCCGAGAAGCAGGAGCUUUCCGUUGCCCGAUCUGUCGCGAGUUGAUAACAAUUCCUCGUGGUGGUGUUCCUGCCUUACCUCCGAGUUUUCUCGUGAAUCAGCUUCUAGAUCUCAUGUCUAGGCAACGUCGGGAGGUGAUCCCAAAAUGUUCCGUGCACAUAAACCAGGAAUUGCUUUUUUGCGAGACAUGUGAUACAGUAUUUUGUACGGUAUGCACAGGCGGAAGUCAUUCUGGCACGUCACCAGGCUGCACCGAACACACUAUCAUCCCGUUUAGCAUCGCUAUCAAAAGAAUGUCUGAGAUAUUGCUUUACAAAGCGAACGAGUGCAUAUCCAAGCUGACGCAGGCACAAGAAUCGGUGGGUGCUGAACUUCGGCGUUUAGAAACAGCCACCGAGAAAUGUCUGACUGCCGUCGACACGGAGUUUGCAGAAAUAAUCGCAAAGGUCGAGAGACGGCGCGCUGAGCUGCAGGCUGCUGUCACCGAAGCUGCCAGAGACAAGAAACACGUCCUGGAGGAACAGCACGCGUUAAUCGAGGCUGAGAAAAAUAAGGUCGAGAGAGAAUGCGAUGGUCUGCAGUAUCAGGUCGAGGUGCGAAACAUCACUCAGCGGAUUGGAAGCUUGUCCGACCAGCUCGACGCUGCUGUUGCUCUAAGUGAACCCAGAGAGAACGCUUUUAUCACGGCAGAGUUCAGUCAUAACGACGCUCUGGCGGAAUUCGAACGAGCUUUGAAUAUAUUUGGACGAGUACGGUCUAGUACUACACUGCCAGGUCUCUGUCGGGCAAAGCUGAAGGAUCCAGCAGUCGCCAAGUUGCAGGCAGCAGCGAUCGUCGAAACGGUGGAUUAUCAUGGUCACCCCCGAAACGCGGGGGGCGACCCCAUCGCCGCGGAGCUCACCCUGGCUGAUGGCAUUAAUUCCGAGGUCCAGAACAAUCAAGUCGAGGUGGAGGUGAAGGACUUGGACAACGGCAUGUACGAGGUGCUCUUCAGGCCACCCUCGGCCAAUCGUUACGUCCUGAAAGUGUCCGUCUUCGAGCGACCUAUAAAAGACUAUCCGCUAUUCUUCGACGCCACCGAGCACAACGAACCUGUGAAAAUAUACGGAAGACGCGGCCAUGGGAAGGACGAGUUUCAUCAACCAGUCGCGGUGGCGGUUGAUGAUAAUGGGACUAUCUAUGUCGUGGACACCGGGAACUCCCGAAUCAAGGUACUUGACGAGAAACUGGAAUUCCAGAGACAUAUAGUGAACGAAGGGUUGGAAGGACGAAGUUGCACGGGAAUCGCCGUCUCGGAACAGGGGCUGGUGGUUGUGAACUGGAGAACGAGGACCGUUACCGAAAUGACGCUCCAUGGAGACACUAUCAGGUCUUUCUCCCACAACGCGUUUCAGGAGCCCAUUGACGUAGCGGUGGACAGAAGCUACGGACACGUGCUGGUGGCGGAUAAUGGACAGAGCUGCGUGUUCGUCUUCGACUCGGAUGGAAAAGUCCUCUUCCAGGUCGGGAAAAGAAGCGUGUUCAAGCUGAUCAGCUCCGUGACCGUCGGCCCGGCUGGGGAGAUCCUGGUCGCGGAUUCGCGAAUUCAGGUGUUCUCCGCUAAAGGCGACUUCUCGGAGGAGAUCUAUGCAGAAGGGAAAGGCAAAGGCAGGUACGGAGGCAUAGCCGUGGACGCGGACGGCAGAGUACUUGCAUCCCGUUGUGAUAAGGGUCGCACUAUCAUACAAGUCCUCAAGUUAGGGGGCGGCGCAGUCUUGACCGAGAUCGAUUCUCACAGCUCGAAGUUACGUCGACCAUCCGGAAUAGCCGUGCUGCCCGACAACCAUCUGGUAGUGGUCGACCUGGGAAACGACUGUGUCAAGAAGUACAGAUACUGGUAAUCGUAAUCUACCGUACCCGUGCUCCGUUAAUCGCGCAACUCCAGCAUAUUGUUGGGGCGGACCUUCGACAAACGUGGAACGCCGUACAGAUGAUAAAAAGAAAAAGGUGAUCGCUUAUAUUAAUUUAAAUUUAGUUCUUAUUCGGUACCACUUUGUACCGACCACUGAUAGCGGUUCUUCACUCGACUCCGUUUAUAUCCCGCGGAUGAGGUCGAAGAACGGCAACCAGAGACCCGAUUCUCGAAUUUAUGCGAUCAACUUUCGCAUGGGAAAUUAAUAGUUUCGUGUACGGUUUUCAGACGUUGAUCAAUGACGCGGCUUUGCAACGAUGCAACAUCCUUUUAUGCGAAACUAUUCGUAAUAUGCGAUAAUGAAAAUCCGUGUUAACUCGAGAAUCGGGUCGCUGGGAACGAUCCAGCAAGUCGUCGAUCGACCGUUGCUACCGUUACAUGACAUUACUUUGUAAACGUACAUUGUCGCACUCGUCCUCGAGGAGUCUGAGAGUUAAGUUGAAGUCUUAAUCGGAGGUGAACACUCGCACAGCUCGCUCGAGGUAACUGGCUGUGAACGUUGUUCAUUGAGCAAAAAAUACUAAAUCUAAUCGUUUUCUAGAAACCGUCGAAGUCUCUCUCGGUAUGUCGAGGCGCAAUCGUUUCCUGCAACGCGAGUACUCCUCAAAACCGUUCCGCUUGCUUGUAAACGCUUUUCGCGUUAAUGAGCGUGCCGAUCUAGAGUAACUACAAGUGAGAUUUUUGUUUUUUUUUUCUUUUCUUAGUUAUUGAUAACCGAUCGGAUGACAGUGGAAAAUGGAGCGUUGCCGAUUGUCUUUCUCUCGUUUCUCGUAAGCGUAGAACGGUUAUCGGGGGUUUCGGUUCUUUUAGACGUCCACUUAUGACGUUCACUUGUUGACGAUAGGUUUAAGGAUGCGCGAAGUCACGAAACAAGCACUGCCUUUUUUGAAAAUUUUCAAAGCACACGGGCAAUGUUUAAGGCACUCGAGUAACGAGCUCGGCCUCUUGCCGGAUAAUAGACCUGUUAAAUAGACUUCUUUCCGGCCCGUCUAAUGAAUCGCCUGAUAAAGGUGUCCAGAGGGAGAAUUUCUGUCGGAAAUGUCUCACUGACAGGCUUUUUAGUUCACGUUUCUCCUCGCCGGGCAUGUUCAUCACUUUGAAUGGACGAAACGCUCUAAUCUAUAGACAAGGUAGACACGUGACAAUUAAGCGCAACAUUCCUACGACUUUGUCGAGACACGUGGAUAACUAAUUUCAGGAAUCAAACGCCACUUUAAUAUGUCACGACUGCACGAGUAUCCAAGAGUUACUCCUUUAUUGUUGACACGUUUGGUAUUUACCUAGGGCCACGGUCACCAUUGCCAUUUUAAAACGAGAGACGCGGAGGUUAAUUGUUGUAACAUAAGAAGAAGAAGAAGAAAAAAGAAAAGAGGACUGUUAGAUAGAACUUAAGGGCGUAAGAAUUGUACAUAUAUUUUUCUCAGUAUUAUUACAUAGCGCAAUUCCUAGCGUAACGAUUGUACGAUAACGCCGAACCUUAAUUGAUGCUGCUUGCUCGUUGUUAAGCACACUUCUACAUUGAAUGGCGAUCGGUCGGAUCGCUUUGACAUUACGUUGUACAUAAAUUGUAUGAAAAUGGACUAGUCUUCUAGGGAAACAACUCGGCGAGUUGUGAAUGGCCUUGAAAUCAGUUCUCAAAGGGGCGAAGAGCUCCUCUUCGGGGGGCUUCGCCUCGAGAUAACGUCGUUUUUAGACCUUAUCGGUACUCUGUUGUGUCCAUCCAAUGUAUUUUCUAGACCUUAAGGCGGAUAAGAGUCCACGCACGGCAGAGUAUUACUUAAGAAAAAAAAAAAAAACCCCUUUACACGUAACGUUAACGUUCACUCGUGUUUUUCUUCCUCUUUUUUUCCCCUUUUUGUUGUUUUAUCUUCGCCUUUUUGUAGCCACUUUUUUAAGAAACGUUCGCUUAAACUUAGUCUAUCGUAAUGUGUCAUACAACGCAUUAAGCAGCGUUUAUUGUCGAACUGAAAGGACGAGGGGGGAGGGGAGUGGAGAAUGGGAGGGGAGGAAAUCGAAAGAGAAAUCACUUGAUACUUCGAAGUACCAAAGUCGAUUGCGAAGUUUCGACUCGGUACGUGUACACGUUAUUUGUGAGCAAGACCGAUUAAACCUGUUUUAUAAUUUUCAUCUGCGUGACUCAUGAUUUGAACGUCGAAUUAGAGAAUUAGCCGUUUUCGCCGAGAUUCUCGGCAGCUCCACGGCUUGAAUACUCAUUUACUGGACUAGAAACAUUGGUUCGUUCAUGUCUUCGUUAUGUACGAGACAUUCCAGGGCGCAUUUUGUACAACAAUCUCUGUAGACGCAGGUGCAAACUCCAAAAGUUACGCUUGGACCUACGAAUUUUCUUUUCACUCGGUAGAAAAUUUCUUUUCGAGGAAAAAACAAGAUGGCCGCGAUUGGUGUGCACGUAACUCGUGUCCCGGUACUAAUAGUCUGCGUAACAAUUAAUUCCGAGCUGGUACUAAUCUCGCGAAACGUUCGAAAAGCGACGUAAGUACCCUCGAACGUGGUUUACGUACUUUUCUUGGUUUAUUUCUUGACAUGAACUGUUGAAACGUCGCCGACCGAUGUUCAUAGGCUCGAACCAGCGGAUCGUCGCAAAGCGUAGCAAUAUUUGUUAAACGAUAUUCCUUAACGAUGACCCGAUUGUCGAGAAUUCCUGGAGAUUGGAAAUUGAAAGCGUGAGCUUUUCGUCCCAUGGCCUCGAAGAACUUACUCGAAGGAGAGAUCGUUAAACGCGCGUACAAUCGAUCCCUUACGGUGAUGUCAAAGGGCCAUUCUAUAUUCAUAAAACGCGAUAUUGUUUAUAAAACCAUUUCUCCAAACUGCACCAAAUAAUCUGAAACUUCAGCAUGUGAUU